UGCCGUGGUGGUGGAGGAGGACAGAUCGCAGCUCUGGAGAUUCCCAGUGAGGGGGACACACAAAAACCAUCAUUGAACCCGCAGCCAGGAGCAGAGACCCAGUUUGCAGACCGUGUGUGUGCGGGUAGACGUGGCGGAACCGAAGCGGACAGCAGCGCGUGUACCGGAGGAAGGGAGUUGAGCAGUUAAGGGUUUAUUUUCUGUCAGAGGAAACCACUAGCAUGCUUUUCAACUUGAAAUUUAUGGAUGUUACAGGAUGAAACGUCUCAGGUCCUCAAGCAGCAGCGACAGUUCUGACAAUGAGAGUCCCUCAACCUCCUUCUGCUCGUCCCACAAGUAUGGCGGCAAACCUGAAACCCCCGCCUCCAACCCGAAGAAACCGGCUGAAGUGUUCAGAAAAGACCUGAUCAGCGCCAUGAAGCUGCCAGACUCGCACCAUGUGUCCCCAGAGGACUACUACCUGCUGGCAGACACCUGGAAGCAGGAGUGGGAGAAGGGAGUCCAGGUGCCUGCGAGUCCGGACACCAUCCCACAGCCGUCCGUCAGGAUUGUUGUGGAGAAGCCCAAGGAAGUCCUGUACACCCACCAGAGGAAGUACAUCCAGUGCUCUUGUCAGGAGUCAACUGAACCAGGUUAUGUCAACAUCAAGGAGCUGGCAGAGGCCAUGUGUCGCUACGAUCUGGAUGACAUGGACCUUCACUGGCUGCACGCACUCAACCGAGAGCUUGACCGCAUGGGGGAGGAACCCAUAGAUGAGCUGACGAUGGAGCGCACCCUGGAAGCCCUGGAGAGGCAGUGCCAUGGCAACAUGAAGCACGCCAUCGAGACAGUGGAGGGUCUGGGGAUAGAGUACGACGAGGACGUUAUCUGCGACGUGUGCCGCUCCCCGGACAGCGAAGAGGGGAAUGACAUGGUGUUCUGUGACAAGUGCAACAUCUGUGUGCACCAGGCUUGUUACGGCAUCGUCAAAGUGCCCGUUGGAAACUGGCUGUGUAGGACGUGCGUCCUCGGCAUCGACCCGCAGUGCCUUCUGUGUCCCCAGAAGGGCGGUGCCAUGAAGGCAACACGUGCCGGCACCAAGUGGGCCCAUGUGAGCUGUGCCCUGUGGAUACCAGAGGUGAGCAUCGCGUGUCCUGAGAGGAUGGAGCCCAUCACCAAAGUCUCCCACAUCCCACCCAGCCGCUGGUCUCUCAUCUGCAGUCUGUGUAAACUGAAGACCGGUGCAUGUAUCCAGUGCUCUGUAAAGAACUGCACCACUCCUUUCCAUGUGACAUGUGCCUUCGAGCACAGCCUGGAGAUGAAGACCAUCUUGGACGAAGGGGAUGAGGUCAAGUUCAAGUCUUUCUGCCUCAAGCACAGCAAAUGCAAACCUGGGGAGGCCAGCCUGAGCCCGGCACGCUCCAAACCCCCCAUAGAGGUGGUGAAGGUGGGCCAGCGGGCGCAGAGACUACAUGAGCUGGAGGAGGAGUUUUACAGUCUGAUCCAGCCGGACGAGCUGGCCCGGGCCCUCGGGCUCUCUCAGCGCUUGGUGGACUUCAUCUACCAUUACUGGAAACUGAAGAGGAAAGGGAGCUUUAACAAAGCUCUGCUGCCCCCUAAAGAGGAGGAGGAGAACCUGGUGCUGCAGCCUCAGGAGGACAGCAUCCACACACGCAUGCGGAUGUUCAUGCACUUGCGACAGGAUUUAGAGAGGGUGAGGAAUCUGUGUUACAUGGUGAGUCGGCGGGAGAAGCUGAAGCUGCUGCAGAGUAAAUCCCAGGAGCAGAUGUUUAACUUGCAUCUGCAGCUAAUGAACCAAGAGCAGUCUGCUGGCCUUCCUGCUUCAUUCCCAGUGGAGAGUACACUGUUCCGUCCUCCUCCGCGGAUUACUCUAAAGCUAAAAAUGCCCAAAGCUUCAAAUCUUGGAAACGGGAAUUGCAGUUCCAAAUCUGGUAAUGGGCCACUGUGUCCGGACAAUAGGGGUAAUGUUUCAGAAUACACAGGGGAGGGGCUUGGUCAGGGGAAACCUCAAAUGCAUGGCCGUGUUCGGCGAGACGAGCGAUCCAACGGCCGACUGGCUUCCUCGAGCCACUCCAUCAACCCAACGCUGCCUGUUAAACCAACCGGCAAACCGCUAUCCCUACACGCUGCACUCCACGGCCACUCGUCCAACAGCAACGGCAAGCUGGAGCAGGACCGAGCAAAGUCUAACGGCCGCCUAGAGAAGUUUGCGGCCCAGAGGGACAGCUCCUGCCAGACUCCCAUUCACCAGGACACCUCAAACGACAAGAGCAGCUUUCGUAAGUCUGCCAUAGAGCACUUCGGCAGGUCAUUCAAAGAGGCAACCAUUAACCUGGUACGGACCACAGAGGACCUGAGGGCCUCUGACAAACUGUCCCGCAAAGUGUCUUCCAAGGAGCGACUGUGGGCUAAACCCGUGUCUGAACACAAGGUGAAAAGCGGGCGAGCGUACCAGGACAGUGACGGAUACUGUCCCGACCUGGAGCUCAGUGACUCAGAGCCAGAGGCCAAAGGACGGCACCAACGGCAGGUGGACACUCCGAGGGAAGGGGUCAGUCGGGGGAAACAGUCGCUGGGCUCCCGGCACCCCAUGCAAAGACUUCCUAAGUGCCAGGCUGCCUCUCUGAACACAUUUCAAUCAGGGACCAGACCAAGACCCAGCGCUCACGUUGCCGUUCACACGAACCAGAAGAUGUUUGAUGGUUUUUGCCGUUGAUAGUUGCCCAGUAGAGUUCACGAGAAGCGUAGCUGUUACAGUGUUGAUUUAACCGGAACAAAUCUGUCUUCUGAGAUUAUCAUGCUUGCCUUUUGUUUAUGGCCAGCAUCACAUUUUGUAUUAAACAGCCCUUUUCCCCUGUACACAGGCUCAAUCUGCCUUUGACAAAAACUGUUGUACAUACAUUGUUCAAAUUGGGAUGUAAAUGUUGUGUAACUGAAACACAUGUUCCACUUAAUUGAUCCUUCAAUGUCACUGUGGCCAGAUAUUAAAACUGAAACAGCUAAUGGGAAUCCUGUAGAGAACUCCAGCAUCUACUCCACCUGUUUCCAUUGUUUUCCUCAAAGGUGACUGACAUGGUGGUUUCUACAAUCGUCAAAUAGUGGAGUCAUGUAAUUCUUAAACAUGAAUGCCUUUUGUGUAGGAUUACACUUCCCCAGAGUGAGGACCUUCAGUUUUUGCAGGUGUUAAAACAAUCAGAUUCUGGCCUAUAAGGGAGAAAAUGCCAGAAAAUAUAACUGCAUCCAUCGGGAAUGACUUGAAACUGGAUGCAUAAAGGCAAAGACUGAGUACAGCUCUUUCCUCAGAUAGUAACAUGAUCAGCCUUUAUCAACUGUUUUAUUUUUAUUGAAAAUUGAGGAGCUUGCCAAAUAUGAACCAAUUUUUAAUACAAAAACUAUUUUAUUUAAUAAAAAAAAGCUGAACGUCUCUUACACAGCUGUGACUUUAUAAAAACAGCUGUACAGAAACUGCCUAAAUGACUAACAUUGUAAAAGUUUACCAAACUAUGAUUUGAAGAGGACAUGUGAUCACACAGGGCAGUGUGAUGGUGCAGCAGCUGGCACUACUGCUUCACAGCAAGAAACGGUUUACAUUGGCUACUCCGGACACUUCAGCUUCCAACCAUAAUCCCCCUGCCAAACAAAUGCAGUGUAGCUUAGGUUAACUGGAGACUGUACUUUGAAGGUGUGGGGUGAAUGGUUGUUUGCCUCUGUAUGUUGGCCCUGUGAUGUCUGUGGACCUGUCCAUGGUGUAAGUCAGGGUGAAUCCUUCAUUUUGCCCAAUCUCAGCUGCGAUUGGCUCCCGCUCCCUCAGAACUCUCAAAUGUAGAAGCUGUAUAGAUGAAGAACAAAUACCAGUCCUUAUGCCUCCAUGCAAACGACAGCUGUGGAGACAUGUUUCCAUUUUGUCCGACCCUAAGACCCAUUGUUGUGAACGCGAUAUCUCAGGAACGCCAUGAUGGAAUUUCUUCAAAUUUGGCACAAAUGUUCACUUGGACUCGAGGAUGAGAGAGGUUCAGUAUUUGUUGGUCAAAGGUCACUUUGACCUCACAAUGUUCUAAACCAUUUUGGCAAUAAGAAUUACAGCAGAGUGUUCAUGGGUGCAGGGAGGUCUGGUUAUGUAAUAUAAUUCAACACCAUAACUCUGACAGAAUAAACACAAAAACAAUCUUGUGAUAUUUGUUUGGUACCUAGCUGCAGUAUUCACGUGGCAUAAUUCAGUUGUAAUGUCAGUACGUAACAGAUUGAUUCAAAUAUACCAAUAAACACA